AAAUCUCCCAAAACCCAUCUCCAAAAGUCGAUAUAUAUUUUGAAACCAAGGAGACGAAGAUUUUACACAGUUUGAAGAAGAAGAAGAAGAUGAAGUACAAGCGUAAGCUAAGUCUCUCUGUUGUCUUCUUCUUCGUCUUCUAUCUCGCGGCGGUCACUUCAGAUCUAGACUCUGACCGGAGAGCUUUAGUCGCUGUUCGUAACAGUGUUCGUGGCCGUCCUUUGUUAUGGAACAUGACUGCUUCUUCUCCUUGUAAUUGGCACGGAGUCACUUGCGAUGCGGGUCGGGUCACGGCUCUCCGAUUACCCGGAGCUGGUUUAUUCGGUUCUUUACCAAUCGGUGGAAUUGGUAAUCUAACCCAGCUUAAGACUCUCUCUCUCCGAUUCAAUUCUCUCUCUGGUCCAAUCCCUGCGGAUUUCUCAAACCUUGUUCUCCUCCGUUACUUGUAUCUCCAAGGUAAUGACUUUUCCGGUGAGAUUCCGUCGUUUCUCUUCACGCUUCCAAACCUAAUCAGACUUAAUCUUGGGGAGAAUAAGUUCUCGGGUCGGAUCCCGGAUAAUGUCAAUUCCGCGACCCGGUUGAUUACUCUGUAUUUAGAGAGGAAUCAACUCUCUGGUCCGAUCCCUGAGAUCACGCUUCGUCUUCAACAGUUCAAUGUUUCUUCUAAUCAAUUAAACGGAUCGAUUCCGAAUUCGUUGUCGACUUGGCCUCGAACCGCUUUUGAAGGGAACACUCUGUGUGGGAAGCCCUUAAAUUCUUGCGAGGCAGAGAGCCCAAGUGGUGACGCUGGAGGACCCAAUACGCCGCCGAAGAAAAAGGAUAACGAUAAAUUAUCCGCCGGAGCUAUUGCCGGAAUUGUGAUCGGAUGUGUUGUUGGUCUAUUGCUGCUUCUUUUGCUUCUGUUCUGUCUCUGUAGAAAGAGAAAGAAAGAAGAGAACGUUACAGCUAGAAAUGUUGAAGCUCCUGUCGCAGCUCCGACCUCCUCAGCUGCUAUACCCAAGGAAAGGGUUGUUGAUGCCCCGCCGGCAAAGGCUACGGCGUCGGAGAGUGGUGUGGUGAGUAAAGAUUUGACCUUUUUCGUGAAAUCUUUCGGGGAAUUCGAUUUGGAUGGAUUGUUGAAGGCUUCAGCUGAGGUUCUUGGGAAAGGAACAGUUGGGUCUUCGUAUAAGGCAAGCUUUGAUCAUGGGUUAGUGGUGGCUGUGAAGCGUUUAAGAGACGUUGUGGUGCCUGAGAAAGAGUUCAGAGAGAGAUUGCAGGUUUUGGGAUCAAUGAGUCAUGCCAAUCUUGUGACUCUGAUCGCUUACUAUUUCAGCCGCGACGAGAAGCUUCUUGUCUUUGAGUACAUGUCUAGAGGAAGCUUGUCUGCGCUAUUGCACGGGAACAAAGGAAACGGGAGAACUCCGUUGAACUGGGAAACCAGAGCCGGUAUAGCCGUAGGAGCUGCAAGAGCGAUUAGCUACCUACAUUCGCGUGAUGCCACAACUUCUCAUGGAAACAUUAAGUCCUCGAACAUACUAUUAUCUGACUCCUAUGAAGCUAAGGUCUCUGAUUACGGUCUUGCUCCUAUCAUUAGUUCUACAACUGCACCUAACCGCAUUGAUGGCUACCGUGCCCCUGAAGUCACCGAUGCUCGCAAAAUCUCCCAAAAAGCUGAUGUCUAUAGCUUUGGCGUCCUAAUCCUUGAAUUACUCACAGGUAAGUCUCCAACGCAUCAGCAAUUGAAUGAAGAAGGCGUCGAUUUGCCAAGAUGGGUCCAAUCUGUUACCGAUCAACAAUCACCGUCCGAUGUGCUUGAUCCCGAGCUCACAAGGUACCAACCUGAGGGCAAUGAGAACAUCAUUCGUUUAUUGAAGAUCGGUAUGAGUUGUACGGCUCAAUUCCCAGAUAGUCGUCCUUCGAUGGCCGAAGUCACCAGACUCAUUGAGGAGGUUUCCCAUUCAUCUGGCUCCCCAAAUCCAGUAUCCGACUGAUUUUCUGGGGUCUAAAUUGAUUAAUUUGAAA